GGACACCGGAGGUGGGAGCGCAACUAAACUUCGGUGCUCCUCAAUGAUUAUUAGAAGUAACUUGGAAAUUGCUCAACAGUCAACAACGAAAGUCACAGGGUGAGUGAGCAGAAUACACGGGAACGAAAUAAAAGCCAAACCCUUGCAGUUAACUUAAAGGCAAUCGUCACAUCUCAAUUGAAUUGAUCUGCACAAUAUAUGGGUAAAUAUUCAGAAUCAUCUCUCAGCUGAUGGUUAACUAACUGUUGAACUCACUCCGCUUCGCUUUCAAGUUCAAUUUACGAUCAUUUAACGCGACUGCAGCUGCAACUUCGUCACUCUUUACUUGUUUAUUUGGAAAAUCAUUUAAGUAAGUAGCCUAUAAAUGCAACGCUGUUUAAUUUAUGAGAAGACAAUGGCACCAGAAACAAGGAACGGAGGAAGUUCUUCCCUGAAUAACAACAACAGUAAAGACAACAGCAGGAAAACCUUCCUGGUCGGUGUGGAUCUCUUCUGCUUGUUUUUAGCCGGCCUGCCUUUCCUGAUCAUAGAAACUAGUGCUGUACAGCCCUACCGCCGAGGCUUUUACUGCAACGAUGAGUCCAUCAAGUACCCGGCCAAACACGGAGACACCAUAAGCGACGCUGUGCUUUCUGCUGCUGGCAUUCUCAUCACCAUCCUUUCUAUCAUCAUUGGUGAGAGCUACAUGAUCUACUACCUGAACGAGGGCUCUAAGUCCUUCGUAGGGAACCCCUACAUCUCCGCCCUCUACAAGCAGGUGGGCGUGUUCAUCUUUGGCUGCGCCGUCAGUCAAUCGUUCACGGACAUCGCCAAGGUAUCGGUGGGCCGCAUGCGACCCCACUUCCUGGACGUGUGUAGGCCCGACUGGUCCGCCAUCAACUGUUCCCUGGGCUACAUCACAGACUACCAGUGUAAUGGACCCGAGAGCAAAGUCCAGGAGGCCAGGAAGUCGUUCUUCUCUGGCCAUGCAUCCUUUUCCAUGUACACCAUGCUGUAUUUGGUGUUCUACCUGCAGUCCAGGUUCACCUGGCGUGGAGCCCGUCUUCUGCGCCCCCUGACACAGUUCACCCUCAUCAUGAUGUCCUUCUACACCGGCCUGUCCCGUGUCUCCGACCACAAGCACCACCCCACCGACGUCCUGGCUGGCUUCGCACAGGGAGCCCUGGUGGCCUACAGCAUAGUGUUUUUUGUAUCUGACCUGUUCAAGCCCAAAGGCAGAAGUUCAGCUCUACCAGUGACCCCAUUAAAGAACCCCAACAACCCCAUGGCAGACAUCAGAGAGAGGAGCAACCACAUCACCAUGGCAUAGUAGAGACCAGUAGAGUACAGCUACCUGUACAGCUACCUUCCGCUGUAGGUUUUAAACAUCCUUUAUUUCACCUACUGGUCUGUACUGGAUGUGUUAAACAACCAGCGAAAGCAGCAAGACUGCCGACCGACAUGUCUGCAAGGCACAGGAAAAGAAGAGGAGAGACACACACACACGCACACAAACAACACACACACGCUGUUUGAACAGCCAGCAACAUCCAUGUUUCUCACCAUCUCAUCUGACAUGUGAAUGUGGAAGAGUUUGUGGAGAGAAUUCAUAUUUUGCUUUAAUUACCCAAGGUCUCUAUAUCAAACCUGGUGCUUUGCAGAUGAACCGUAUCUUUAUCUGCAGACAAGGAAGUUUCACAGUAAGAAUCAUGAAGGAAGGAGAGAAGGAAACGAACAGCUGUGGAACGUGAUAAUGUCCGCUUGGCUUUAGGCACCAUGGAGACUGGCUAAUAAUACCAUCACACACAUACUUUGUGCAUAUGAGAUACAAACUCAUGAACAGGAACAAAUUCCUUGAUUACAGGAAGGAUGUUUUUUCUUUUAUAAAUAACCUUCGUUAUAAGUUCGAGCUAUAGCACUAUAUCCAAACUCAAUAUUUUACUUAAUUGUCACCACUUGAAUGAACUGAAGUGAAGCUUUUCUGUAAUGUUUUGUUUUAAAACCAGCUUGUAGGUCUCCUGAAAUGUAGUUUGUAUAGAAAUAUAUACACUGUAGAUGGAGACUACAGAGAGAGGGAUGUGGGCCUCUUUUUGCUUGUUGGGACGAGCCUCCACUGAGCCCUGUAAUGAAAUGACUAUGUGUGCCAGAUGACUGCUCACAAGUAUUAGGCAUGUGUGUGUAUGUAUGUCAGUGUGCAAGUAUCCGAGUGGCGUGUGUGUGUGUGUGUGUGUGUGUGUGUGUGUGCGUGCGUGCGUGCGUGUGUGCGUGCGUGCGUGCGUGUGUGUGUGCUUCAGGUUAAAGACCGGGAACGUAAGGCUGCUUCAACAGACGUUUAUAUUAAAAACAGGAAAUCUGUGGAAUUAUACUUUCAUAGACUAGCGUUGUGAUCCAUUUUCUAGUGAUUCACGUAAACUGUGCCAACUUCAGAAAAAAGAACCCCUUCCCUGUGUCACUAUAAUAUGCUCUGUCCUACCAUGUCAUUGCAACCAAACAGCAUUAUCUGUUUUAGUUUUGUAAUGUAAAGAACAUUUUUGUAUCAGAGAAUUAUGUACAAUAUCAUUUACCUAUGUUUUCAUGCAAUAUCCACUAUGAAUGUUGACGCGUCGAUACGUGUGUUAUUGUGUAAGUGCUGCUUAAAUAAGCAGGGAUUGACAAAAGUCAUUCAGUGAAAUGACAAUUUGUGUUGUGAGUAUUCAAACUUCUGUGAAAUAGCUUUCAAGAAGACAGCUUUAUAUUAAAAUACCUUUUAAUAUUUUUGUAUUGUCCUUUUUUUUGUAUAUUGUACAAUUAAAAUAUAAACCUUAUGGUGUAAAUGUAUUAUAGAUGAUGUGCUUUGUAAUAAUAAAAACUAAUUAUUUUAAAA